GACACAUGAUGCUUAACUUUUCCAAAUGUUAAAUCUAUCUCAAAGUUCAACUGUUCAAGACUUCAAGCUGCUAGCGUGUAAAAGAUGGAUACAAGAGAAAACAGAAAUCUAUUUUACAUGAAAAGAGUAAUCAAUGUGGUACAAACGGAACUUGCUCAAUUUUUCAUCAAAGAAUGGAACUCUCGUUACAAAUCAACACAUGGAGAAUGGGAUGAUACACACAACAGUGGGAAAAAAUUUUACACUUUAGAAUCGGGUAGGAAGUUGGAUAAAAAACUACAAUUAAAAUAUAAAAAUGGAGACACAAGUAAAUGGGACUGCACAAUAUUAUUCGAUGCUAUACUUUUUUCAAAAUCGAUUGGCAGACAUCUUGAUAAAAACACAAAGAAUGCUGUUCAUGCACUUCGUGGUGAAAGAAACAAAGACGCACAUUGGUAUGAAAGCAAAUACUCAGAUGAUGAUUUUGAUGAUAUAGUCAGUAUCAUUGAAAAAUCAUUUCAAGAUUUGAAAUUUUCACUCGAUGGAAUCAAUGAAAUAAAAAAUCAUCGAAACUGUUUUAAUUCGUUUCAAGUUCUUCCUUCAAAAUCUAAUCAUUUUUUCGUUGAACGCACUGAAUUACGAGAUAAAAUUAUAAAAGAUCUUGAAAAAUUAAGGAAUGAUAACAAUGAUAAACUGACAUAUUUUUACAUCACUGGUAAUCCUGGCAGUGGUAAAUCACAACUUGCAAGACAGGUUUGUGAAAAAAUAUCGUGUGCUUGGAAAAACAAAACUUCGUUUGUAAUGACUCUCGAUGGAAAAAGUGAGGAAUCACUUUUAAAAACUUACUGUGAACUUGGAUACCGUUUAAACUGUGACAAGUAUAUGACUAAAAUAUUUAAAGAUGAAAACUGUUCCAUCACAGAUAAAGUGAUAAAAUUGCGAUCGUUAGUAUCCACACGAUUAAAAUUCUGGCAAAAGUGGUUGAUCAUUGUAGACAACGUGGUACAGCUCAGCAAAAUUUCUUCGUUACUUCCCCAAGUAGGUGAUCCCAUGUGGAUAAAUGGACAAAUCAUAGUAACCAUCCAAAACACAGAUGCCGUACCUCAAGACGAUGAGUUUAACAAACAUAUUUCUAUCAGAAGUGGAAUAAAUGAUAGGGAAUGUUUUCAACUUUUGAAGCAUUACACCAUUGGACAAGUUGAUGAUCAAUUGUUAAAUGAAGUAUCACACGCAUUAGAUCGUCAACCGCUGGCUUUGGCUGCUGCUGGUUAUUAUGUCAGUCGUACCGUAGUUGCAAGGCUUCCCCCUUCCAAGUCAUCUCCCGUCUCCCUCAGAAGUUAUUUUUUGGUAGUGAAUAAAAUGUUUGCAAUUUGCAUUUUGUGA